AUGCCUGACCCGGACGUACCUGAGGUCAGCGACGAUGACGAACUCGAGUUCAUGUUCUUCCCCAAGAUGCCUCUCGAGCUCCGCGACAACGUCUGGAAGCAUACCAUCAUUCCACGACUCGUCCAUUGGCGUCCUGGUGGAGGAAAGGCCCUCGGCGUCUUCUCUGCCAACAAGGAAUCCCGCAAAGCAACCCGCACCAAGUACAUCCUGUGCCACGUCCCCUUUCAUCGCCAUGGUCAAUACUCGAUCUUCAUCAACUUCAACAUCGACACCGUCUACCGUCACCAGCAAGGCCUCCCCAACAUGGUCCGCCAGUACAACUUCCCGUGCGAAGCUAUUGAUAUCCCUAGUGGCCUCAACACUUCGAAGGUUAUCAAGGCUGAUCUCUUCUGGAAUGUCCAACCCUGGAUUCCUUUCAUCAAAACCCUUACCAUCGACCUCGAAGCCGCAGCAAUGUCCAAUCGUCGCGCUCACCCUCAAGUCUACGGCGCUACUCAACCUGUUGCUGCUGGUCAAAGCAUCUGGGUCAAGAUCAAGUGCAUGUGUCCAGAUCUCGAGGAGUUGAAUAUCUUGGUGGGCAAGUUGUUGGAUAAGGGUGUCAAGUUGGAGGAUUUAGCCGUGAUACGGGAUUUCGCAGAGCUGGAGGAGGAGGAUGACGCUUUUCAUGCUCGGAGCAUGCGCGCUUUUGUCAAAGCCAUUCGUGAAGAGUAUCAGACACUUCAGGAUAAAGGAGACUUCCUUGGUCUAAAGUUGGCUUUUGUAAAACAGAUUCGUAGUGGCGAGGCUAAGAAGCAGGCAGCCACAGGAAUUCUUACUGCUGACGAUGCUCGUCCUGGUGCUACUGUCGAAGACUGGGACAAUGCUGAUGAACAGUUCGAUGUUUCGGCGGGCGAGUAG